ACUACCGCACCUUUGUUUUGUUUUUUUUAGUUGUGGAAGCGGCUUUUGGUUUAUUGAUUUGAUUUGCACCUGACUGAGUGAAGCGCCCCAUGGCACGCGAUUCUCGGUGAUUCUCGUGAGCCGCCGGUGGCCCCCAACCCAAGGACAUUUCGGCCCCCAUUCGACCAUAUUUGUAGUUGUAUUUUGGCGUUGACCCGCACCCGUUUUUUUUCAUGACCAAAACGGCGGCUGCGAUUCAAACGAAGCUCAACCGCAAAAACAUUCGCACAGCGUCAAUCAGUCGAAGCGGUACUUAAUCGGCUAUUUAUAUAUAGCCAUGUCAGUGGAAAACAUGAGAAUAAGCAAGGAUGUCGUCGGAGUUGCAGAAGGAUCAGGAUUGGGAUCUGGAGCAAGUGCAUCCGAAACGGACAAUGUGUCAGCCCUUGAACUGCAGUCUAAUAAACGCAUGCUGUACUUCAGCGAUGGAGUAAUGGAGGAGUUAUCCUCGGGUAGCGAGGACGAGGCGGAUGCGGAAAUGGCCAAGUGCUAUGGCGUGCAUUUAAAUGAGAAUGAAAUGGCAUUAGGACCACGCCUCCGAUACAAGGCCAGUCGGAUGGGUAACCGAUUCCUGGCCGGUAUCGACUAUGUGGGCGGUGGUUUGGCCUCUCUGCUGGGAAUCACCAGUAGCAAAUAUGCCAGCGAAAUGGAAAACUACCAAAAGGCCAAGGAAAAUGGCGGUGACGAGGACCUUGACAAUUGGCAAUCGCAGGCCUUGUCGAACAACAACAACACAACGAACCGGAAUGAGACCAUCGUCUUGUGCGGACCAACACGCAGUGAGGCGACCUUGCCACCCACUCGUGAAUAGGCGAAAGUCUUCACCUCCCUUACGGCAGGUGGGGUUUUCUUCGCCUAAGACGGAAAACAAAGCUCAUGGAGUAAUGGUGACAUCUGGAGACUCUUUUUUACAUGGUAAAAACCACAACAAAUGAAAUCAAAAAUACAGAUCUUAACUUUUCGACACUUUAUUCGCUAGCAAAUAAGUUACAUAUAUAUAUUAAUAAAAAAUACACAAUACAAAAUA